CACAGUCCUGCAUGCGUUACUCCCAUAGAAGACAUGCCCAGGGAAACCAGCACUUUAUUACAGAGACAAUAGGGCAGCUGUGAGGAAACGGGCUGAUGAAUGAGGGGAUAAGACUCGAGCGACUUAACAUUUGUUUGUUUGGUUUUGUUUUGGAUCAUGUCACUUCCAGAGGAGGACCUUACUUGCCCGGUCUGCUGUGACAUCUUCACUGACCCUGUCCUCUUGUCAUGCAGCCACAGCUUCUGCAGGAUCUGCCUCAAACGCUGCUGGGAAACGGGCAUGCGAGAAUGCCCCGUGUGCCGCAAGAAGGCGCCCAAAACCUGCCCUCCAUCGAACCUGGCUUUAAAAAAUGUUUGUGAAGCUGUAGUUGAAGCGAAGAGGAAAUCUAUAGUAGUGGAAGAUCUCACUGUUUGCUGUCUGCAUGGGGAGAAAUUGAAACUAUUUUGCUUAGUGGAUAAACAGCCAAUUUGUGUUGUCUGCCAGUCUUCAAAACUCCACAAAACGCAUGAUUGCUCACCCAUAGAAGAAGCUGUGCUGGAUUGCAAGGAUGAACUUUCUAUUUCCCUCAAAAGCCUGCAAGAUAAAUUGGAAGAACUCAAACGGAUACAUAGGACAUCUGCUGACUUGUUUUCGCACAUCAAGAGUCAGUCCACGGAUGCCCAGAAAGUUAUCAAAAGUCAAUUUGAAGAACUGCAUCAAAUCCUAAAACAGGAAGAAAUGGUCAGAUUAGCAGCGGUUAAAAAAGAGGAACAAGAAAAAAUCGCAAGAAUGAAAGACAAAACACGAGAGCUGUCAGCUGAAGUGCUGUGCCUCUCCGAAACAAUAGCCCUGAUACAGAGGGAACUGAAAGAAGAGGAUAUGGUUUUGCUAAAAAAUUUUAAGGAGACUCAUGACAUGAGCAAAAGCAUACCCCUGGGUUCGGACAUGACAGGCGCCCUCAUAGAUGUAACCAAGCAUCUGUGUAACCUCAAAUACAGAGUAUGGGAGAAAAUGCAGGACCACAUAGACUAUACUCCAGUGACAUUGGACCCAAACACUGCCCACCCUUGCCUCAUCCUGUCCGACGAUCUCACUUCCCUUCACUACUCUCGCCAGCCCCUCUCUUGUCCAGACAACCCCGAACGCUUCCACAUGAGUGCCGAGGUAGUGGGCAUGUCCUUGCUCGGGUCAGGAAGUCACCACUGGACUGUAGAAACAGAAUCCAAUCAGGACUGGCUUCUGGGAGUGGCGUCUUUGUCCGUACCGAGGAAUUGUGAGGUCUUGGCACGUCCUGAGAAUGGAUUUUGGACGUUGUGUUUCAGGGAUGGAGAAUUUCUGGCUAUGACCUCACCUCCAGUCUCCUUGACACUGUCCAACAUUCCCAAGCAAAUCAAGGUGGAACUAGACUACAAUAAGGGAGUGGUGUCUUUUUAUGAUGCUGGAGAUGAUAUGCUUAUAUAUGCCUUUACAGACACUUUUAAAGAAGCGUUGCUUCCAUAUUUUUACACUCAAAGCAGUCACCCUUUGAGGAUAAUGCCACAGAAGGUACUUGUGACAAUGUUACGCCACUGACCAAUUUGUGUAUUAUUAUGCAACUAAACAUGCUUAAUAUAAUGCCUUGAGGUGGUGAAAUGUAUAAUUAGGGAGCGUCAGUUAUAGUUUUAAGACAAGGCAAUAAAAACACAGUAUGACCAUAUGGGCUUAUAACAGGGCGGAUGCUGUGAGCUAUAAACACUAAUGAAGAAUGUACUAGUAUAAACACAAUAAUGAGAUCUUAUAAAAUAAUACAUUUGUAUAGCAGCAGAUGUUUAAAAUAUUUUUACUGUGUAUCAAAUGCAUUUAUUUUCUGUAUGAGCCUAUUGCACUGGUUUUAUGCACUGCACGAGCCAUAUGUUCAUGGAUAUAUCAGGGUUUUAUACUGUACUUUUACUUAAAAAAUUAUGAAUUCUUUAUAAUAUAAAAGUACAAAACUGUGUUUGUUUUUACACUGUUUAAGAAGACCUUAGCUCAAAGUCAACAAAUGCCUGGGUAGAAGUAUUUUUAGGUCUAAUAGAAGACCAAAAAUUACCCAUCCUCAAACAAGAUGAAAAAAAGAAUAGGAAGUAAAUGCUUUAGUGAUGUGUGUGCACAUGAUGGCGCCAAAGAUCAGAAAAUAGAAACCGCCUCGCUGUAAGAGACCACGCACAUGUGCUGCUGUGUCGUUGCAAUGAUCUGAGUUUAUUCCUUUCUAAGUAGAACAUUUU